GCUGUGAACAGCGAGAUGACGAUUGUGUGCCACCAGGGCCCGGUGCUAGCAGGUAGCGCCACUUUGGCUACCUUGGGAUCCUUGAUCCUGUACUCAGGGACACCUGGCAGGUACGGGAAACACAGCCAGAGUGCAUCGUCGGGAGUUUCCCUCCUGCCUGCACGAAUCGCCUGGUUCCUGCAGGAGCUUCCCUCCUUCGUGGUGUCAGUAGGGAUGCUCGUUUGGCAGCCCCGCUCCCUCUUCGGACAGCCCGGGAAUGUGCUGCUGGGUCUCUUCUCCGCACAUUACUUCCACAGGACAUUUAUUUAUUCCUUGCUCACCAGAGGGAGGCCUUACCCAGUGAUUCUCUUUCUGAGAGCGAUUGCCUUCUGCACAGGAAAUGGAUUUCUUCAAGCACACUAUCUGAUUUACUGCGCAGAAUACCCUGAGGAGUGGUACACAGAUGUACGGUUUAGCUUGGGUGUCUUCCUAUUUGUUUUGGGAAUGGGGAUCAACAUCCACAGUGACUACUUGCUGCGCCAGCUUAGGAAGCCUGGAGAAAUCGUCUAUAAGAUUCCACAAGGUGGCUUGUUUACGUAUGUUUCGGGAGCCAAUUUCCUGGGUGAGAUCAUUGAAUGGAUGGGCUAUGCCUUGGCCACGUGGUCCAUCCCAGCCCUUGCAUUUGCAUUUUUCUCACUUUGUUUCCUUGGGAUGCAAGCUUUUUACCACCACAGGUUCUACCUCAAGACGUUUGAGGAUUACCCCAAAUCUAGGAAAGCCCUCAUUCCAUUCAUCUUUUAAAGAACCCCAAUUUUAAGGAGCAAAGCUUCUACAAGGAAACUGCCCAGCUGCUGAAACUAUAAGCUGUAAACGAAACUGGCCUGUGUCUUGCACAUAUGUAUAUAUAUGAUGAUGUAUGUGAUCAUAGGUCUCUUGUUAUUCCAGUUGCCUGAGGCAUGCUGAAUCAUGCCUGCUUAACCUUUAUUCCUGUUUGCCAGGGAGCUUUAGCCUAAUUUCCUAUUGGAGCUUCACAGAGGACCUUCCUUGGAGACAUUUUCUCCUCAGCUAUUCCUUCUAGAAGCUUCCCCUUUCUCCAUGCCCCUCCCCCCCAUUGUAUGAUCUGAAGAUGUGACUUUUUUUUUUAUUUUUACUCUGUAUCAAUUUUGGAAGUUCUGCAGUCAAAACCCUUUGGACUGUCAUAAUGGAAAAUGAAGUCAUAACAUUUGCAGGAAAGUGGGUGGAACUGGAAAUUAUUUUAUUAAGCAACAUAACCUGACUCAGAAAGAUAAAUACUGCAUGUUUUUGUCAUACACAGAUCCUAGAUUUUAAUUUAUAUGUAUAUAUGUGUCUGUUUAUAUGUGUGUAUUGGGGGACAUAUAGUUCAUCAAAUUAGGAAGGAGAUCAUGAGAAAGCAAGAAGAGGUCUUUGGAGGAGAGCGAGGAAGAUGGAAUAGGUGUGGGACGCAAGCAGAGAGAGGCUGCUGCCGGGGAAGAAAAGGGGCCAGCAGGAGAAAUGCAAGAGGACAGGGAGGAGAGGAGGGGAGGGGGAUUGGCAAAAAUGAAGUAUGUAUGAAAAUGUCACAAUGAAACCCAUUACUUUGUGUGCUGGUUUUGAAAAACUCAACCAGCCAACCAGCUAACCAACUGGAAAAGAAUGUCUGGGCUGAGGGCAAGGCUUAAAGAGGAACUAAAAGCAGACGUGCUGUAUGCCCAGAGAGUGGCAGAGAUUUACAUUUUCGAGUGUUGUAGGUUCAGAGCAUGCCUAAUUACUUUGUACUUCUCUGCACAUACAUUACCAACAUGUACAACAGACGGACUGUGGGAAAGGGGUUGAUGAUGGGCUCAUGGUCCCCAGGGAUGGUCAGGUGCCAAUCUUACCCUUCAGUAGUUAAUUAGGAAGAGAUGAGAAGGGAGAACUUUAAUGAUGGAAUUCUCUUCUCAGACCCAAGUCCAAAUGUCCACAGGUGUCUUAGUCAAUGAAUAUCUUGAUCCUCCAGGAGUUUUCACAGUCCCCACUAGAGCUAUCAUAACUUUAUCCAUAGGAGUGGGAUAGAUUUUCUUGAUGAUCAGAUUGUUUUUUGAACACAGAGAAAAAUAUAUAGCUAUGAGUGGUCCCUGAGAGAAUAAAGAAACAUGUUAUCACAGACAUUGUAAACUCAUGUUUUUCGGAACUGAUGGGAAUAUCAAAUGUCACGGACACAUCGAGCAUGAGACGUUCAUGCAGAAGACGGUAGGCUGUUUACCUGGAGGAGACGUCUACAGUGAUGUGACAGAGUCCAGAAGCCCCGAGCAGUUUCUUCUGGAAUUUCUUCCUUAUGAGACAUAGGAGACGGACAUGUUCCAGCCGUAGCUUGAACAUCAGUCCACAAAGGCCCCCACGGCAGAAGCUGAGGUCUGCGAGCCGACGUUCAUCUGGGCAGAACACCUAUUUCAUUCAGUGUAGGCAGGGUUUCACACACAGUUUUAUUUUAUUUUGUCUUACAUUUCAAGUUUCAAACUGUAAACAUUUGGAGGUUUCUAUAUGAACUGAAAUCCUGGCAUUUCUGUAAGAAGUUGGAGGGAGAGGCAUAAGAGACAGAACAUAACGGAAGGGUGAACAUGAGCAAAACACAGACACGAAAUGUGAAACACAGACACUGAAUACACGCUAGAGGUUCUCACUCUUCCUCGUGCUGGGACCCCUUACUACAGUUCCUCAUGUUGUGCUGACCCCCCAACCGUAAAAUUAUUUCAUUACUGCUUCAUAACUGCAGUUCUGUUACUGGUAUGCAUCACAAUGCAAAGAUCUGAUAUACAGGGACUGCUGUGAAAGGGUCAUUUGGUGCCCCCAAAGGGGUCAUGACCCACAAGUUGAGAACCAGCUGGAGGAUCUCAGCAUACUGAGCCUGGUUCCCGCGUGAGAACUUGAAACUAAGCAGCAAAUGAGUUAGUUGAGUGUGCAGCCUUUGGUGAAGGGACGGCUCCCCUAAAGAGGCCGAAGCGUGGGUUCUGUAAAGCAGGGACUGAGCACUCUGAAUCAGAGUGGUUGGUUGCGUAUCUCCUCGGCCCCAGGUAUGAGGGCUCAACGCCAUUUGGAAACACGCUUGGGACCUGUGGUAGAGAAACCUACUGUAAGUUAACACCUGGGUCAUGAGAGACCUGGAGUAUAAUUUGUAGUGAAGAUAUGCAUGUAGUGUUACAAGCAGGUCGUUCUUGUUCAUAAAAUGCCUCACAGUCAUGACCACCCCCACCACUUGAAUAAAAAGACCCAGGAUGGCUAAGGUUAUCGACAAUGUGUUUACUGAGCUGUGAUUCCCCCCCCCCCUUUCCUUUCUUCACUCUCACUUUUGGUUUUAUUUUUAUUUUUUGUUUUCCAAGACAGGGUUUCUGUGUGGCUUUGGAGCCUGUCCUGGAACUAGUUCUUCUAGACCAGGCUGGACUCGAACUCACAGAGAUCCGCCUGCCUCUGCCUCCCGGGUGCUGGGAUUAAAGGCGUGCGCCACCACCGCCUAGCUCCCUCUUACUUUUUGGUGUUGCUGUUUUUCUUUCUUGUCUCUUUCUUCAUCUUGCCAACCUGAAAUUAGGGGCCAUGAGCAGGAUCUGAAGUAUGACUGGCAGCUUCUGAGUCACAGCUCAGGAUCCCAGGAGAUAGAGUGAAGCUGUAGGAAGACAGGCCAAGGUUAGCCAUGUCUGCCAUUUCCAUGAUAGCGAGGGGAAAAUACAUCGCGUGUCGAGCAGCGUCCGCUAAAACAGGUAACUGGGAUAGAUCACCAAAUAAAGGAAAAAGAUUUAUUUUCGGCUCAUAGUCCAGGAAUGUUUGGUCUAAAACUGCUUUGGGUCUAUAGUAGGCAGCCCACUGUGGUGGGAGUAUACAGUAGAACAUUCGCGUUCACCUCCCAGCAUAUGAGGGAGGAAAGGAAGGAGGGAGGGAAGGAGGAGAAAGAGACAGAGGCCCCAGAGUUCCACAGUUCUCCUUUGAGGGAACACCUCCCCUUCCCAGUGACCCACAACCCGCCCUCCAGGGGUGCCAAGCUGGGAACUAACCCUAAGGCGCAGGCCUUUGGUGAAUGCCCAAGAUGCAAGCUGUAUAAGCUUUUGUGCGAGUGGCGAGUUCACCUGAAAGAAAAGAUUUCCAGGACUCUCCACAGUUGAAAACCACUUUCCCCACGCCGUUCGUGGUAGAGCUGGAGAUGUUCCUCUACAGAGCGCUUGCCUGGUGUCUGCCAGGCCCUGGGUUCUAUGUCCAGCGCCAAGGUGGUGCUCUCUCCAGCGCUUGGCCCACGCUAGAAGAUCAGAAAGGCAGUGUUGUCUUCAGCUUCAUAAGGAGUUAUUUAGAGACCAGAAUAAGAUACAUAAGGCCCUGUAUUAGAAUUUAUUUUUAAAAAAGGUUUUAAAAAAUCUUAUUGACAUGUGAAACAUAUCUAGGGCAAUCCUUGAAAUGUGAAAAAUGCUUAAUAAAUGGCUGCCACCCUUUGCCCAGUACUCUGACAAAACUUCCAUUCAGCAAUUGCAUGCUUUUGCCACAAGAGGGCACUAUCUAGAAUUUUAUUCAGGUGAAUUCAAUUUACUUACGUGUGUGUUAGUUCUACAAAACCUUAUUGCUAUUUCAACUUAGCUUAGUUAACCACAGACUUUCAUUUAUAAAAUGAAAUCUUAUAAAUUCAUUUAUUAUUAUCGAGUUUGUGUGAGUGUGCCCUGUGCAUUUGGAGGUCAGAGUCUAAGUUCCUUCCUCCCACCAUGGGUUCUCUGUUCUGGGUUCUGGGAAUCAAGCUCUGGUCACUUGGGUGACAAGUGCUUUUACCCAUCUUGCGUCCUGAUUACAGACCUUCUUAAUUUAAAUAAGUUAUUUGUGUGUAAUAUGAGAUCUUCCCUUGACAUCUGAGGGAUCUCAGUCAUCUAAAAGCAUUGUUUUAAACCUCACUGUUCUUUGCUGAAGACUGGGAUAUAUAUGGAUAUGUAUGGAUAUGUAUAUUCAUACAUAUAUGUAUACAUUAAACACAAUAAAAUUCUGAACAUGUCUCCA